AUGAAGACGUCUGUGGCCAUCAGCACCGCGGUGCUGGGCUUUGCCAGCACACUCGUCGCUGCUCAGUAUAAUACUACCGCGACCACAACCGCUACUCCGACACAGGAGCCAUGUGCUCUUGUCAGCGCGUCGUGGGUCGCCCAGACUGCGACGACACCGACCCCCACGGUGGAGGCAGCUCUGGCCUACCAGUGUCUGAACAGUGUUCCUAUCAACAAGGAAUCGGCACUGAAGUUCCUGGACGCCCUUGUUCCUUACCUCGAAUGGCAAUCGGACACCGCGUUCAAGAAGAACCCACCAGCUGAUUAUUUCUAUCCGCCUUAUGACCUAUGGGCCGAGCUGGCCAGAAUCCGAGAAGGUGUAGCGGCCGACGCGUAUCCCAAUGAGUAUUCGUGGCAAGCAGACCUGUACAAUAGCGCCUGGGCUCCUGGCCACGAUGGUCACCUGAUCGUCUACACCGACGUCUUGACUAUCGCCGUGGAGUGGGCCAGGCAGUGGGCCCUGGUAUCGAUCAGCGAGGACGGCAGCUCCUUGCCUGUGAUCAAGGUGUAUGGUGACGUUCUCGCGUCCCCUGAGACGGCAUCUGUGGUCAAGCUCAUCAACGGUGUUGAUGCUGCAACUUUCCUCGGCGAUUGGAUCUUCAAGAUGUCCAGCAACCAGGAACCGGACUCCGCCUACAACUCGUUGUUCUUCUCAAAGGCAUACAACCAGUCUGGAAACCAGGGCUACUUCAAGUCCGGCGGUCGCCCCAGAUAUGUCUACCCUGAUGCGGAGACCACACUCACGUUUGAGAACGGAACCGAGGUAACUCUGCCCAAUGUUGCCAGACUCAAGGGCGAUUGGAGGGGUGUCACAGAUGGAGCAGCCUUCUUGUCCAGAUUUGCUCGCAAUGCGGUUCCGUCAACUACUGCCUCAGCAAGCUCUCUUCCCUCGCAAACCGCUACGAGUACAAUUGAAUCGCUCACGACUACGGCUUCACCAUCGAUUGCCGCAGCGUCGACCUCUGUUCCUGGAUACCCGGCGCCAUACAUAAUCUCCAGUGACAGAAUCGUUUCCGGCUAUUUCCUGGAAGGCGAGGGUUUCGAGGAUGUCGCUGUCCUGGCAAUGACAUCGUUUUCCCCUAGCAACCCUCCCGAGUUCCAGCAGGUCGUGCAGGACUUCUUUGAGGCUGCUGUCGCUGCCGGGAAGAAGAAGAUUGUGCUCGAUGUCCAGACCAACGGUGGCGGCUACAUCUUCCAAGGAUACGAUACCUUCCGCCAGCUCUUCCCCGAUAUUGUCCAGAACGGUACCGGACGCUGGAGGAACUCUGCCGGCUUUGACGCCGUUGCCAACGUGACUUCAGCUGUCUGUGCUGACUUCGACCCCCUGACCGCCGAUGCCGCCUUGAUUUUCCAGUGCAAUGCUGUGUGGAACUGGCAGUAUGACAUCGACGUCUCGGAUAACAACUUCAAGUCCUAUGAGGACAAAUUCGGCCCCAUCGAGUUCAAUGGCGACCAGUAUACCGACGUGAUGCAGUGGAACUUCAGCAACCCCUUAGACACAAGCAACACUACAUUCGGAAUUGGAUAUGACGUUACCGGCUACGGCAGCCGUGACAACUUCAAGCGGCCUUUCGGCGGCCCAGAGAACAUUGUUCUAUUGCUCGAUGGGUAUUGUGCUUCGACCUGUACCUUGUUCUCCCAGUUUUUGAAGUGGGAUGCCGGAGUUAAGUCGAUUGCCAUGGGUGGGCGGCCCAAGGAAGGACCAAUCCAGGGAGUUGGUGGUGUCAAGGGCUCGCAGAGUUAUUCCUUCUCAGGAGUAUAUGACCUCGUCAACACGACCAAGGGCUACACCAACGACACCGAGCUUCUUGCAGAACUCGACAGAUACUCCGACUACGUCUUCGACAGAGCCUUGACCCUGAACCUGAACGUCAAGGAUGAGAUCCUCCCCCCGAAUCUCGAGGAUGGAACCCCUGCACAGUACAUUGCCGAGUAUGCCGACUGCCGUCUCUACUGGACCGAGGAUAUGCACACGGACAUCACGAACCUGUGGAAGGCGGCUGCCACGGCUGCCUUCAACGGCGGAAAGUGUGCCUCUGGCGGCUUCGACUCGGCGCCGGCAACGAGACGCAGCGCUGAUCGUCCGGCUCCCUUCAACAAGGGCAGAAUCACAUUGCCCGUGAAGACCCCUGAGAGGGUCCCUGUUGCUAGCAUCGCGAAGCGGACAAUCAGUGACAAGGUCCACAAGCUGAUGAUGGAGCAGCAGCACAUGAUGGUAAUAGACUGA